AUGACUAAUUCACCUCCAGUCGCUCGAGAAUAUUCUCUUCGAAUAUCGAAGAAUGUGCGACAUUGGCCAGAUCUUCUUCAACUGGUUUAUCAACAACAAGUAGCUUUAGAAGAUAUGUUCACAAGAAGUACUACACUUUACGGAACUGUACGAGUCAACAACAUUGCAUUUGACAAACGAGUCUCCGUUCGGUUUACCGUCGACCAGUGGAAAACAUGCUCGAUAAUCAAUGCAUUUCAUUCCAUACAUCAUGCAGAUACUAAUACAGAUUGCUUGCAAUUUAAACUACUUAUACCAAAAGAAGAAUUACAAUCACCGCCUACGUGUCUUUCAUUUGCAAUUUGUUAUCAGAUUAAUCAACGAGAAUUUUGGGAUAAUAAUUUCGGUAAAAAUUAUAAUCUGGAUGUCAUCGAGCGUAACACAUUAGAUGCAUCAUGCAAGUUUUUUAAAGAAGAUCAGUGGUUGUAUCGACAACUUGCUCAAGACUAUCACGCGAUUUCCAAUGGAAGAAGAGAUUUAUGUGGAUUGAAAAAUCUUGGUGGAACGUGUUACAUGAAUUCAGUUUUGCAAUCAUUAUCAAUGACUGCACUGUUAACUGAUUCUCUUCUAAUUGAUCAUCGUAUCGAUAUGAAUGACGGAACAGUACUGAGCGAAUUUGUGAAUUUAUUAUAUUUACUCCAUUACAGUGACUAUUGUGUUCUAUCACCGAAUCCGUUCAAACAAAUUUUUGGUCAUUUGAACAAAACUUAUUUGCAAAAUCAACAACAAGAUGCUCAUGAAUUUCUUCUUCUGUUGUUAGAUUGUUUGUAUCAAGAUCUGAUUCAAAUCAAAUCAAAGAGAGAAGAUCGAAACACGUCAUUAAUCCUAGAUUUAUUUUAUGGUACCUACAGAACAACGACAACAUGUUCAAAAUGUAAAAACAUGUCAAUCAAUUUUGAUCCUUUUCUUUGUCUAUCUCUUCCAAUACCAUCAACGCAUCACUGCACAUUAGAAGAUUGUAUUGCAGAUUUCAACACUGAUGAAUCUUUAACUGACGACCGGCAAUGGUUUUGUCCGACAUGUCAAUGUCUAUGCGAUGCAACACGACGAUUAGAAAUCGAAAAGCUCCCGAAAGUUUUAAUAAUUCAACUGAAAAGAUUUGAAUUGAAUUUCGACCAAAACUGGGUGAAAAACAAUAGUCAUGUCCAUUAUCCUUUGGAUAGUUUUGAUUUGAAACAGUACUGCUCUUCUUCUUCAUCAUCUUAUACACUAUAUUCGGUUAUUAAUCAUAAUGGCACAUUGAAUGAUGGACAUUACACGACCUUCUGCCGAAAUCUAUCGAACGAUUCAUCUCCGUGGUUUGGAUGCGAUGAUGAUAAAGUUGAAUGUUCAUCUACCGAUAAACUACUGAUGAAUACCAAUGCCUAUCUGCUCUUUUAUAUUCUCGGACACAGCAAAAUAAACGAAUAG